AUGGGACAAAUUGAAAUGGGUAGUUUUUCCGGUCGUUCAAAUAGCAGUAAUGAUUCAGAGAUCACUCAUAACAUUAAAUGGGUUCCAAAAUUUAAUGAAGAGGAGGUUGAAUCUUACUUCAUGGCGUUUGAGAAAGUGGCGAAUAGGCCUAAAUGGCCUGCCAAGGAUUGGACUGUGUUAUUACAGACAGGUUUAAUUGGGAAAGCUCAGGAAGUUUUUUCCUCAUUGUCAGAUGAUCUGUGUGAGAGCUAUGAAACUGUUAAAAAGGCGAUUUUGGAGGCCUAUGAAUUAGUGCCGGAGGCUUACAGACAAAAAUUUCGCAAUCUGAAGUAUGUAGAUAUGGAAUUUGCUAGAAAGAAGCAAGUUUUGUUUGGUAGAUGGUGUACUUCCGAAGGUGUUAAUGGGGAUUUUAACCAACUUAGAGAGCUCAUACUCGUUGAAGAGUUUAAAAAUUGUUUGUCUUCAGAGGUGCGAACACACUUGGAAGAAUGGAAAGUUAAUGAGUUGAUGAAGGCAGCCACCAUGGCUGAUAAUUUUGUGUUGACACAUAAGUCAGUGAAUAAGAUUUCACAUAAUGAUGAUACCUUUCGCGGUGCGAAAUUGAACACAGCUAAUAGAAAUCAGUCUGGUUUUACUACAAGUAGUGGUAAAGGAUUUCAAAGGCCCUUGCGAGAUAUUGUUUGUUAUUACUGUAAAAGAAAGGGUCAUGUUAAGUCAGAUUGUUGGUUGUUGCAGAAAAAGAAAGGUGAUGUUAAGCUUUUUCCAAAUGCGUUUUUAAGUGUCAUGAACACACAUAAUGAUGUUGUGGAUCACACAGUUAAAUUUAAAUCAUCAGAUGCAGAAAUGUUAAAGAAACAGUUUCAACCUUUUAUUUCAAAUGGGACUGUGGCAUUGGUCAGUGGUGAAAAAGAUUAUCCAAUUAAGGUUUUGCGAGAUACGGAUGCUGCGCAGUCGUUGUUGUUGUCGUCUGUUUUACCAGUGUCUGAUGAGUCGUCAGCUGGAGCAAAUGUGCUUGUCCAAGGUAGCUUUAAAGAAGUGCCUCUUCAUGUUGUUGACCUUCAAACAGACUUAGUUAAAGGGAGAGUAGUUGUUGGAGUUGUUCCAACUCUACCGGUUGAAGGAGUCACAUUUCUUUUAGGGAAUGAUCUCGCGGGAGAAAAGGUAGUUCCAAAGCCUUUGUUGUCAAAACAUCCUGUUGAAGACACGCGCACCAUAGAGUUAGUUGAGGAAUUUCCUCAUGUGUUUGCUACUUGUGUGGUUACUCGCUUUGUUGGUAGAACAAAAAUAGGGAUCCUGAGAUUUUGUCGCUUAGUCAGCAGUUUCUGA